UCUAAUAUGCAGAAACCCAUUGCGCAUGCGUGAGGGCGGCUAAAUUCAAAACUCAAGACGUUAGCUUUUAAACUCGUCGAUGUUAAUUUCGGGUUGUAGCGCAUUUAUCCACUGCUAAAUACACAUAUAACAAGAACUGUUUUCAUUUAGUUGACAAGUACUAACACCAAUGUAUCGAUGGUAAAAGGAGACAUUUAGCUCACAGCUACUGCGAGUUAAACAUGGAGCCUCUGGAUCCUGCCAAGAAUGCUGAAGGCAGCGGAUUUUCCAAGCGGCGCAUUUCUUCGAUUUUAAAAGCUCCGCGGAAGUCAACCAUCUGUCGUGACCCAGAGCAACAGGAAAAUAAGGUGGAAAAUACCAGACCAUUGGAAAAGAGGAAUUCAAGGAGAGUCAGUUUUGCCCCUGCCAAUGAUGUUCUACUGUUUGCAAAGGAUGCCAAGAAUGCCUCCCCUGCUCGAAGUCCUCUGCAAGAGUUAAUGGCAGCAGCUGCUGCAACAACACAAAAUAGGCUCCAGGAACCAGAAGAUGGGAAUCAGCAAAUCAAGGGUAUAGAAAACCUACUGAAUGCUCCUCUUCAUGCUUCUCAACAAAGGGAUGUGGUCAAUUUUGACACUGGGAAUGACUUUGGGGAGAAAACAGUGACGUUUUCCAUGGAGGAUGCAGUCAUGGACAUGACCCAUAGUCACACCAUCAACAUCGCCAAUGAUGCAGAAUUACUUGGAGAUAUAUCCAUGCAAAACUAUGACAUACUUGCUGGUGAAGACAGAAAAGUGACUGUGGAUCAAUCCACAGAUGUAUCCCUGAGUCAUAUUGUAAAUAUGAAGAGUGGGUCAGUACCAAUACCAACAGGCAGAGGCUCAGAUCUAAGUGUAGAGAAGAGAAACUUAUCUUCAAAAUUACCUUGUUUGGAUCCUGGAUUUGAGAACUUCCUUGCAAGUCUUUCCAAACCAAGCACCGAUACUGUGACCACCAGGAUGAUUCCUUUUGCUGAGCCAUCCUCCGACGAAACCAGCAGCUCCCUGUUCCAGAAUAAAACUCAAAGAGCUGAUGUGGACAAAGAAAAUCAGGUUCCGAAGUCCCAUAAUUCCAGCAGGAAGAUUGGCGAAUCAUUUGAAAGACAUGCCUUUUGUCCAGAAGGUGAUGUGGACAUGGACAUCAGUGAAGCUCAGACAGGCCGUAUUCUUGGAGUUGGUGAUGAUCCUUUUCAGUGUCUUUUCCCCAUUGAAGCCAUGUGUGCCCACACGGACAAAAUAACAUCCCAGAUGACAGAGAUUCAACAGCAGCAGAGCAGUAAAAUGUUGGGAUCAUCUGACCUAAAAGAGAAGAAAUCCUUCAUAAACCCACUUCUUCAUGCUCCACAUCAAAGACCUAUUGUCAUCUCUGAUCCAAAAGAUAAAUGCAGAGAGAAAACAAUCAUCUUCACUGCAGAUGAUGAGUGUUUGGAUAUGACUCAGAGUCACACAGUGAACAUUGCCAGCAGUUCAUUAGCUCCAGUGCAAAGCUCUGCAAAUACUUUGGAUGCAGGAUUUAAUAACUUUCUUGCAAGUCUUUCCAGACCAAGUGACCCCAGCAGAAAUCCUGACACUCACAGAAGAAAACCUAUCACCUCACCAACCUCUAAAACAACCAACGAUGCAAAUAGUUCCCUGUCACAGCAUAAAACGCCAAGACCACGUGCCGGUAAAGAAAACUGCCUGUCUAAUACAAGUGGGAGCAUUAGAAAACCAUUUAGUGGAGGCAUAACUGGCACUAAAGAUGAUACAAGCUUGGACCUGACAGAAACGCAAACAGGGCGCGUCCCAGGACUCACUGGGUCAGACGAUCCUUUUCAGUUUCUCAUUCCCUCAGAAGACGUGUACCCUCUCAGUGAAAGUCGGAAGCAAGCAGAUGUGACUUCUAGACAGCAAAGCAGUGGAUUCAGAUUCCCUAACCAUCAAGGCAUGGAAACCUCAAUAAAGCCAUCUGUAAAGUUACAGCUACAAAGACAACAGGAAAAACCUGAAAUUGAAGAUGACCAUGAAGAGAAAACAGUGAGGUUUUCUGCUGAGGAUGCCUGUAUGGAUGUAACACAAAGUCAAACUGUAAACAUUUUCACUGAUUUAAAACUACAGUUAUACCACAAUGUUGACUUGGCACCCUCAUGCGGGGAGAAAACUGUGAGGUUCACUGUAGAUGAUGCGCCAAUGGAUAUGACGCAGUGCCUCACUGUCAAUAUAGACAGCAAUUUAGUGUCGGAUUCAGUCCCUUCUGUGAGGAAACAAGAAAUCAAGACCUGUGGUCCACCUCAACAUGGAUCGUCAUCUACACACCAUUCUGACUCAAGAUUUAGUAACCCCUUGACAAAUACAUCAAAACCAAGUGUAAAAUCUUAUGAUGGAUUUGCAAUCUGUCCUAAAGAUGAUGUAAGCAUAGAUAUGACUGAAGUUCACAUUGCAGAAGGUCUAGGUACAGAUGAUCCUCUUCAGUGUCUUUUGACCACCAAAGGCAUGCGCCCUCAAAGUGUUAACUUAAAGAAAACAGAGAUGACUUCACAGCAGCAAAGCAAUGAAGCCACUGGGACAUCAAAGUAUAAAGCUAUGGAAACCUCAGUGCAGACGUCUUUAAAGACAAAACUGCAAAGACAUCAGGUCACAUUUGAUGCUGAAGAUGAAGGCAAAGAGAAAACUGUGAGGUUUACUUUUGAUGACGCCUGUAUAGAUAUGACAAGAAGUCACACUUUAAACAUUGCCACUGAUUUAAAUAUGCUGCAACAUCAAAAUAUGGACCUCUUACUUGCCAACAGAAAAAAGACCAUGAGACUCCCUGCAGGUGACACAUCCAUGGAUGUGACAAGACGUCACACUUCAAACAUUGUCAGUCGUUUACCACAGCAAUCAUACCAAAGUGUGGACAGGCCUGCAUAUGAAGAGAAGACCGUGAGGUUCACUGCAGAUGACGCAUCCAUGGAUGUGACAAGAAGUCACACUGUAAACAUUGCCACUGAUUUAAAUAUGCUGCAACAUCAAAAUGUGGACCUCUUACUUGCCAACAGAAAAAAGACCACGAGACUCCCUGCAGAUGACACAUCCAUGGAUGUGACAAAACGUCACACUUUAAACAUUGUCAGUCGUUUACCACAGCAAUCAUACCAAACUGUGGACAGGCCUGCAUAUGAAGAGAAGACCGUGAGGUUCACUGCAGAUGACGCAACCAUGGAUGUGACAAGAAGUCACACUGUAAACAUUGCCACUGAUUUAAAUAUGCUGCAACAUCAAAAUGUGGACCUCAUACCUGCCAACAGUGAGAAGACCGUGAGGUUCACUGCAGAUGACGCAACCAUGGAUGUGACAAGAAGUCACACUGUAAACAUUGCCACUGAUAUAAAUGCACCAUCAGAGGAAAAUUUGAACCUCAUAAGUGCUAACAGAGAGAAAAUGGCAAAGAAAGAUGCCAUGGAUGUGACACGAAGUCCCACUGUAAAUGCGUCCACUGACUUAAAUCUGCAGUCAUAUCAAAAUGUGCUUCCAUUAUCUACCAAUGGAGAAAAAAACAGGUACAGUGCCAAUGAUGAAACCAUGGAUGUGACAAGAAGCCACACAGUGAACAUCGCCGCCAAGUUUGACCCAAAGUUGAGCCAAAAUGUGGCAUUAUUACCCAAUAACCCUGAGAAACCUGUGAGAUUAACUGCAAGUAACACGUCUGUGAUUAUGUCACAAAGUCAAACUGUAAACAUGAUGACCGAUGUUGACUCAAAGUUAUAUCAAAAUAUGGAUUUUGUUCCUACAUGUGGGGAGAGAACCACAUCCACCACAAAUGACGCAACUAUGGAUAUGACCCGCAGCCUUACUGUUAAUAUUGCAAGUAAUUCUGCGUCAGGCUUGGUUUUAACUUCUGAAAAAUUUCCGCUCAACCGUGAAAAUUUGAAUUUCCCUGUUGGUGUAAAGAAGUCAGACAAUGAGACCUGUGUUCCGCAUUCAAAUAGGCCUUCAUUAGCAUACGGUGUAAAUCAAGAAUUUGACAACUCGCUGUAUAAAACAACAUCAGAGGCUGCUGAUACUCUAUUUCCUCAAGAAACGGAUUCAAAUGUUGUUUUGGUUCCGCUUAAACCUGACAUGAGUACUGAAAAUGAAGCUUCAAGUUUGGUUUUACCUGUCAUGGAAAAGACAGUAAAUAAAACGACAGACUGCCCAGAAAUCAGCGUAAAUAUGGACAUGACUAAAGUUCAAACAUGCUCCAUUUUGGAACAAAUGUGCACAGAUGAUACUUCUCAAAGUCUUUCCUCUGCACAAGGCCCCACUUCUGAUCUUUUGUUGAAAGCAGAGUUGACUUCACAGAACAAUGGAGCACUGGGAUCCCCCAUCUCUGAUGAUGCAGAAAUCAAAAACCCUCCAGAUUCUCUUGACUCAAAUGAAACUGAGACCAUAGAAGAAAACGAACCAGCACCUACAGCUUAUCAGUCCCAGAAAAUGGGAAGUUCACCAAGCACUGUUGACCAAGAUGGUGACGCUUCACGUUCAAGGAAAUCUAGACGAAUGAGUCUAGCUAAUCUCCAGUCAAAAGUCAGACGUUUGAGUCACAUCAUAAAUACAGCUCCAGAUGCUAUGGCCAUUGAUAGCUGCACAGCUCCUUUGCCUCAGUUGAACCAGGACUUGAAUAAAAACUCAAAUGAUGAAACCACAUCUCUACCAGAAGUGGAACUAGAGCUUGAAAUGGUAAACCUGCAAGAUAACACACAAGCUUUCGGUCUCAAGCAAGCAGAACAACUCUGUGCUACAUCUACUGCCACCCCUUUCAAUUUGAAGACAAAAACACUUAUAUCAAGACUCUCAGUUGGAGGAUUUAAGCCAAAACUUCCCCAGAGAGACAACACAGAAAGAACAAAGAAGAUGACAUCUGGGGAACCUACAAAGACAGUCACUGUCAACAUAACCAGUCAGCUAAAUAACUCUGACAACGUCAGUGAUAUUUAUGAUGAAGAGCUGGGAAGCUAUGAGGAUAUAUCAGAAACACUGGAAACCAGAAGUCCUGACAAAAACUUUGAAAAGGAGGGUCUUUUCUAUGAGUUCAACAUGUUUGAGCCUUUGGAGGAAAACGUCUUUGAGGAAGAGUCUGUUAGGACUGUCCAUGGACAAAAGAGAUCUCUGCCAGAAGAUGAAGACAAUAAGGAAGAUGAGAAGAGACUGAAAGCAUCCACUAAGUUUACUGAACUGACCCCUCAAUCGGAUGCUGUUGAGUUUGACAGGGAUAAAGCUUCCACUCGCACCACCACACACACCAUUGAUUUCUCCAGCACCAGCCACACAGCCAGCAGAUGUGAAGCUGCAUGUGAAUCAACUAUUAAAAACAGUCUGUUUGAAUCCCAGAUAGAAGACUACGACAGUGAUGCUCAGAACAAACUGGAAGACGGCACAAUUACGGUUUUAGAGUUCUUCAAACUCUUCAACAUAGACUUUGUCAUCCAUAAUCCUCGCCAAAGUAUUGUUGCUGGCAAACUUCAGUCUGACACAGAUACCAAACCCCUGGAUUUAUUAAAAGGCAGGCAUAUAAGCCUUCCUAAACAGCUGGUCUAUAAGAUGGACAUCAAGACCCUCACAGAAAAGGUUGAAGGGUUGAAGGUUCGAAUGAGGGAUCUUGAUAAACCUCUUAAGACUGUUAACAGGCAUUUGUGGGAGGAAAUGAGGCGUUCUUCGGAGAAAGAGAUGAAAUCUUUUGGUGCUAAACUAAAGGAGCAAAAUAACUUCUUCAGAAAAACAAGCAAAAUUCAGUCUCAUGAAAUGAAGGAGGUCCUCUACUCAACUCUUGUGAGGGCUAAUCAGGAGGAGCAGCAGAAAUUGAGAGGAACAAUAGAGGAGGCAGACGGGAUGAUAAAAAGUCUGGACGAGUGUAUUUGUGAAUUAGAAGCGGAACUUGCUGCGGUUGAAGAAAACGGUAGUGAAGAAAAGCCAAGUCUGGCAUCACUGCAGGAAGAAACAAACAACGUUACUGAAGCUUUGGCUGACAAGAGCAGACAAAUAUCUGAACUGGAGAUGCAGAAAACGCAGAAUUUAAGUAAACUUAAUAGACUGAAAGCUGAGACGAUGAACCUGGAGAGUCACAUCAACAUGCUCAAUAUGGUGAACGAAUGGAAGUUAAGAGAAAAAAGGGAAAACUGUACAGUCUACGCUUUUCUUCAUGAGACUAUGCUUCUGCAGCUGGUGUUUGAAAAGGCAGAUGACACGGGAUCUGAACAGAAAGUUACAGACAUUGCCUUCAAACUGGAACUUGACGAUGAGAAGUCAGACUUCUAUGCCCAUCUUGUUCACAAACUUGUCUCCAAGUUCAUUGAAAGAGAAUCAGCCUGGGUGGAGAAAUACCCAACACAAAGGCAUGUUCCAAAGCUGCUCCGUGAUGUAAGUUUAGUUGUAAGUCGCUGUCGUCUGCUGGGAGAGGAGCUGCGUUUGUUGAAAAUGUGGGGGGGUCUACGGCUUAAUAUACUCGACAUCAGCUGCAUGGACACUCGAUUGCACAUCGUUUUCAGCAGUCUGAAGAAAUGUUCAAAGUUUGAGGUGGUCUUUGCCACCAGUUUGAUCGACCAACUCUGUGUCCUUCAUGUAGAAAGUUUCAAGAACAUGAUUGGAAGCACGACGAUGCAACAGAUUGAGGAAAUCGUGGCAUCGUUCACUCCAGGCAAGAACCUUUUGACGAAGAUUGUCAGAAAGAUUCACAAUACUCUGCUUAGCUGAAAUCGGGAAGAUCCCCAGUCCCAUUCUGACUGCAGCUGUUCAUGAUUUGUUUACUGUACAGUAUAGAUAUUAAAAACUUUAAAUUCUUUUGAUAAAACCUUUAAGUCGUAUUAUAUAUUUUUGUUAACAAAAAACAAAAAUGUACAGGUUUCUAGGCAGCUUUUGUCCUCAUAUUAUAAAGUGAUUGUUUUUUUGUGUGUGCUUAUGAUGGAGCUGUAUUUUUGAGUUAAAGUUAAAAUGGAGUAAAAAAAAAUGGAGUUGUUUUCAACAUACAGCUUUAAAAAAAAAGAAAUAACUAAAAUCUGCUUGUAACAAUGGUCACCAAUAUUUGGAAACAAAAGUUUUUGUGUUCAAACUUCUAAAAAAAAUAAGGAUUUUUUUCUAAUUGAUAAUAAAAUAUAUAAUAAAAAAAUGUCUUCAUUCCAGAUAUGAAUUUGAAUUAAUAUUUUCUUUGAUCACAAUUUCAUGGUUAUUUACAAUUUUAACCUCAGUCAUUUUUGGUGCUUGGACAGUUUCUGCAGUCGCCUCUAGAUGGUGGACAUGGACUGUCAUGUUGCAGCUUAGUGAAGCAGUGAGCUUACAGCAUGUAAAUAUUUUUUUAUGUUAGGUAGUUUCAAUAAGGACCAAAUACAAACUUUUUUAUACUUAUGGCAGAAACUGUACUUUUGCUGUUUAAAAGCAGGAGUUGUAAAAUAAAUGUACAUGUUUUCCAAUAAUAAUCUUUUGUCAGUCACUCCUUGUAAGUUUUCUUGGAAUAUUGUAUUUAGUUUUGUUUUUUAUUUACAAAAUAAAGCUGUAUCUAAUUGCU